UCACAUGUUUGAAAAUGGCGACCGCCUAUGGAGUGAGCGGCUUGUUUCUCCUUCUCUCGCUUUGUCUAAUUUGUAAUGGACAGAACACAAAUUAUAUUAUUGGUGCCGGUAUCGCUGACAUCACUGGUCCGGCUGCAGAGGUUGACAUGAUGGGGUAUGCUAACCCUGCACAAACCAGUAAAGGCAUCCACUUGCGCCAGUACAGCCGUGCCUUCAUCAUCACAGAUUCUGCCAACAAGAGCAGGAUAGUGUUUGUUAGUACUGACUCCUGUAUGCAGUCUCAAGGACUGAAAUUAGAGAUUAUCAAACGCCUGAAAAGCAAAUAUGGAGAUUUGUAUAACGAGAGGAACGUAGCCAUUAGUGGGACCCACACACACUCCGGUCCAGGGGGAUUCCACCAGUAUCUCCUCUAUGACAUCACUUCCCUAGGAUUUGUCAAUGAAACUUUUGUACCACUUGUGGAAGGAAUUGUUGCUAGCAUUGACAAGGCCCAUAACUCUAUGAAACCAGGAAACCUGUAUGUCAACACAGGGGAGCUAUUGGAGAGUAAUAUAAAUAGAAGUCCUACAGCCUACCUCAAUAACCCGGCUGAAGAGAGAGCCAAAUACAAGUACAAUGUUGACAAAAAUAUGACAGUCCUUAGACUGACUGAUGCACAGAACAAUGGCAUAGGAAUGAUCAAUUGGUUUGCCGUUCAUUGUACUAGUAUGAACAACACUAACCACUUGAUCAGCAGUGAUAACAAAGGACUGGCUGCUCAGAUGUUUGAGGCUGACAUGAACAAAGGAGCUUUCCCAGGAAAGGGAAAGUUUGUAGCUGCCUUUGCACAGAGCAAUGAAGGAGAUGUAUCCCCAAAUACAAAGGGCCCCCAUUGCAUGGACACGGGGAAGCCAUGUGAUGUCCCCACAAGUACAUGUAACGGAAGGAAUGAACUCUGUGUGUCCCCUGGUCCUGGGAAGGACAUGUAUGACAGCACCAGAAUCAUUGCUAAGAACCAGUACCAGAAAGCCAAGAUUCUAUACAAUGACCCGUCCAAUAUGAAGUUGGAAGGACCAGUGGACUUCAGACAUACCUAUGUGGACAUGUCCAAUGUAAUGGUACAAAUCAACCAGACGACUAAGGUGAAGACUUGUAAGCCUGCCAUGGGAUUCAGUUUUGCUGCAGGCACCACAGACGGUCCAGGAGCUUUCAACUUUACUCAGGGUGACACAACUGAUAAUCCUUUCUGGGAUUUUGUUCGAGAUUUUCUCAAGAAGCCCUCACCAGAACAGUUAGCCUGUCAGCAUCCUAAGCCUAUCCUGCUUGACACAGGGGAGAUGACUGUCCCCUAUGCAUGGUCACCUUCCAUUGUGGACUUACAGAUCUUCCGAAUUGGACAGUUAGCCAUCAUAUCUGUACCUGCAGAAUUCAGUACUAUGUCAGGAAGAAGGACAAGAGAUAGCAUAACUGCUACUCUGAAGGCAGCUGGCUUCCCUGCCAACACUGUGACUGUAAUCGCUGGACUGACCAAUGACUAUGCUGACUACGUUACGACUUAUGAAGAGUACCAGAUUCAAAGGUAUGAAGGUGCUUCUACCAUAUAUGGACCUCAUACACUAGAGGCCUUCAUACAAGAAUUCAACAAACUGGCUGAUGCCUUAGCAAAGGGAACACCAGCCCCCAAGGGACCCACCCCUCCCAAUCUGUUGGACAAACAGCUGACAUUCCUCCCCCCAGUAGUGUUUGACCACGCUCCUUUUGGGAAGAGUUUUGGUGAUGUAGUAGUUGAUGCUGAUGCGCAGUACAAACAGGGGAGCUCUGUUAAAGUGACCUUUAUUGGUGCCAACCCAAGAAACAAUGUGAAGUUGGAGGGCACUUUCCUGAGUGUAGAGAUGCUACAACCUGACAACAACUGGAAGGUCGUGUUCACAGACAGUCAAUGGGAGACAAAGUUUGAAUGGAAGCACACAAGUUUGUUACUGGGAGAGAGUGAGGUCACUAUUACCUGGGACAUCCCACAAACCCAGGCCCCGGGUACCUACAGGAUUCAGUACUUCGGGGACGCCAAGAGUCUGGAUCAAAAGAUUUCAAGUUUCACUGGGAAAUCAACGGAUUUCAAGGUCAUGACCCCAAAAGAAUAUAUCAAACACAAGCAUGGAAUGCCCAAGAGUGUUAACAGAAUUCUAAAGAAAAACUGGCAGUCUUUGUAUAAAAAUAAAUAUAGAAAGAGUAUGUCCAUUGUAAACAAAAAACACUGAAUGAACUUUGUUUACCAGGGUAUGUUAUUUUUCAUACAGAAACUGAUACCGGUAUUUGCUCAAUAUUUAUAUUUUUGAGAAGACUCUUUUUCUAAGAUAGGUUUCACAUUACAUUAGAUGAUUCUUGAAUACAAAACAGUAAUGUUUAAUUCAAAAUGCAUGUAUUGUCAUUUUUUAUCAACAUUUUGAUAUCCAGAAAUUAUAUUCUAUGAUAGUUUUAUACUUUAUGCUUUAUAAAUGAAAUCCAUUGCAUCUAUAAAGGAUGUAGGAAUUUAACUUGGUAUUUUUUUUCAUUAUGAGAUUAAUUAUUCAGGGUUUUUAUUUACUGUUUGGUAUAUGUGCAAACAGUGUAUGAAUGCCUUAGUUCUGCAUGUUUGUAUGUCUCAUGUCUAUGGUAACAGUUUAUAUAUAGUGACAUUGUGAUGCACAAACCACUGAUUUUCCACAUUUGAAUCAUCAGAUGUUUUGCACUUAAAUUAUUUUUUAAAAUGAAUUCAUGAAUUUGAAAAAUUCUGAUGGUCAAAGUAAAAUCUGGUAAACAAGAGAAAUUUGAACCUGAUUAUUUUUGGUUCAGUACAAAAAUAUUAGUUUUCCCUUCUGUUUAAAGAUCACAAAUGAGCAAAUGAUUGUAAAUAUUGCAGUAUUAAAUGUAUCUUUUACAACAAGUUGCCUAACAAAUCGAAAGUUUUCGCCCUGAACAUAUACUGUUCUUAUUAAAGAUGCCCUCUACCUCACUACAAUUAUUAAAUUACCCUACAUUCCAUUUUUUCCCCUUAAUUUUAUCACUGUCAUUACAAUUCUGGGUAACUUUGAACAACUUGUGAUCAGGGAUGCUUAUGAGUGUAUAGAUUCUCCUAAGAUUAGAAGUUUUACAGAUCUAUUUAUUUCCAUUCUCACAACCGAAAUAGAAUAUCAUGUCAAAGUCAUGUGUCACUAUCGGUUUGUCUCAAUACAGUUCCUUGUGUUUCACGGUGCCAAAUUACUAGUAUUUUGUUGUUCUUUGUAUUCACUUUUCCUUUAAAUGUUGUUGCAAUGUAUGGAUUCUUGUCUGUUGAUUUUGAUAUGAUUUACUUUCUCUGUGCAUUGAUCCCUUUGGACACUGUGCUUUCUUUUGAAGUUUGAGACUCUGUUUGUUGAAUGAAUGGCAUACAUUCAAAACUCCACUUUGAAUAAAAACUAUUUGAUAAACAUGUAA